AUGUACCAAUACCAACGGACCGAAUUCCGCUGCAGCCGGGGUAUCAGACAUACAGAUCUCCGCGCCGCCGCUCGCUCGCGUGAGGCCCUCGGCCCGCUACGCCGAGGUUGUCAAGCUGAUCUGAUGGUCGCCGCUAGGAUGGCCAAGCAGCGCGGUGCGCUGUCUGCUGCUGCUGGUGGGCAACCCGCUGAGGCUGGUACGCCCCCGACCCUGAUGAGAUCCCCGGCUGGUGCCACCGGGGGUGGUGAGUUGGUAUUUUGCGCCGUUGAUAGGGGUUGGGCUUUUGCUAUACUGGUAGCUGUGUGA